AUGGUUCCCUAUAAUGAGCCAUGGAAAAGGGAAGAGAAGCAAGUUACAAUGCGAGAUGGAGAUGAUCAGGUGAUGGUUACAGGAGAGGAAAGUCUCCUCACAAGCGAGGUGGACAGAGGGCCUCAGAGAGAGCAGUUGAUAAUUUGGAAUUGUCGUGGAGCUGCAAGUAAUAAGAGUAUAGCAGCAGUGAAAGAAAUUAAUAGAUUACAUAAGCCGGAUUUGUUUGCUUUGGUUGAAACUAGGGUGAGUGGAAACAAAGUAAAAGAUAUUGUGAAGAGAAUGGGGUUUAAUUUCUCUGUGAGAGUGGAAGCAAGGGGGUAUACUGGUGGAAUCUGGCUUUGUUGGAAGGAGGAGAACCUCAGUGUUGAAGUUCUUUGGGAGUGUGAGGAAUUCUCACAUGUCAGAAUUGACAGAAGCAACUCGUUAGUGUGCUUCUGCACCAUAGUCUAUGCAAACCCGCAGGGAGUAAGGAGAAAUGAAUUAUGGGAUAAAUGGAAUGUGAUUGCACAGGAGGAGAAAGGUCCUUGGCUCAUAGGGGGUGAUUUUAAUGAUAUUGCCUCUCUAAGUGAGCAAAGCGGAGGCAUGGGGGCUAAUAUUAACAGAUGUAAUGCGUUUCGUGAUUGGAUUCAUAGGAAUGUUUUGAUUGAUUUAGAUCCAGUGGGUCCGUUUUUUACUUGGAGGGGACCUAAAUGGGAAGGAAGGGAAAGGGUGUUUAAGAGACUGGACAGAGGUUUGUGCAAUGUGGAAUGGCAGAAUGCCUACUCAAAUGCGUUUGUACGAGUGCUUCCCAGAAUUCACUCGGAUCAUCAUCCCCUUUUAUUUAACUUCAGCGGACAACAAACUGUUUGGGUAGAGAGGCCGUUUCGUUUUGAAGCCAUGUGGUUAAAGCAUCCGGAUUUUAAGAACUUCAUGGAGAAGAAAUGGAAUAAGGGAGAAGAGAUGGUUAAGGCACUGGAAAGCUUGAAAGAAGCCUUGAGAGUUUGGAAUAAGGAGGUGUUUGGGGAUUUGAGGAAGAGGAAGAAUAAGCUUUUGGCAAGAAUUGGUGGUAUACAGCAAAGUUUGGGUAAAAGCAGAAAUCCGUUUUUGGAUGAACUAAGCCAAGAGCUUCAGCAAGAACUGAUGGAACUCCUGCUACAAGAAGAGAUUUUCUGGUUCCAAAAAUCUUGGGGGGAGUGGAUGGAAAAUGGGGACAGAAAUACACACUAUUAUCAUUUAAAAACUCUGAACAGGAGGAGGAGAAACAGGAUUGUAAUGUUAAAAGAUGAAUAUGGGAUGUGGAUUGACAACGAGAUAGAGCUAAUAGAAAUGGUCCGGAAUUAUUUCAUUAAUAUGUUACAGAGGAAGUAG